AUGUCUCAAGCUGUCAUAGCAUACAUUUACUUACACGCGUUGUAUCUUUUGUUUUGGUUAUGCAGUGCUGAUAUUGGUCUCAUUGGUUUGGCCGUCAUGGGUCAAAACCUCAUUCUUAACAUGAACGACCACGGCUUCACCGUGUGCGCUUACAACCGUACCACUUCCAAGGUCGACCACUUUUUGGAAAACGAGGCCAAGGGUACUAACAUUGUCGGUGCUCACUCGGUUGAGGAACUUUGCGCCAAAUUGAAGCGCCCACGCAAGAUCGUUCUCCUUGUCAAGGCUGGUGCUGCUGUUGAUGCUUUCAUUGAUCAACUUUUGCCUUUCCUUGAAGAGGGUGAUAUUAUCAUUGAUGGUGGUAACUCCCAUUUCCCCGAUUCCAUUCGCCGCUGCGAUGAGCUUGAGAAGAAGGGUAUCCUCUUUGUUGGCUCUGGUGUCUCUGGUGGUGAAGAAGGUGCUCGUUAUGGUCCUUCUCUUAUGCCUGGUGGUCACCCUGAUGCUUGGCAACACAUCAAGCCUAUCUUCCAAGCUAUUGCUGCUAAGGCUGGUGAUGAGCCCUGCUGCGAUUGGGUUGGUGGCACUGGUGCCGGUCAUUAUGUCAAGAUGGUUCACAACGGCAUUGAGUAUGGUGACAUGCAAUUGAUUUGUGAAGUCUACCAAAUCAUGAAGGAGGGUCUUGGCAUGAGCCAUGAUGAGAUGGCCGAGGUCUUUACCGAAUGGAACAAGGGCGAGUUGGAUUCCUUCUUGAUUGAAAUCACCCGUGACAUUCUCAAGUUCAAGGACACUGAUGGCUCUCCUCUUGUUGAGAAGAUUAGAGAUACCGCUGGUCAAAAGGGUACUGGCAAGUGGACUGGUAUUGAUUCCUUGGAUCGUGGUAUUCCUGUUACUCUCAUUGGUGAGGCUGUUUAUGCUCGCUGCUUGUCUGCUCUUAAGGAUGAGCGUGUUCGUGCCUCCAAGAUCCUUGAUGGCCCCAAGGACAAAAAGUACACUGGUGACAAGAAGGAAUUCCUUGCCCAACUUGGUCAAGCUUUGUAUGCCUCCAAGAUUGUGUCUUAUGCCCAAGGCUUCAUGUUGAUGCGUCAAGCUGCAAAGGAAAACAACUGGGAUCUUAACAAUGCUGGUAUUGCUCUUAUGUGGCGUGGUGGUUGUAUCAUUCGCUCUGUGUUUUUGGGCAAGAUCAAGGAGGCUUAUACCAAGAACCCUCAACUCGAGAACUUGCUCUUUGAUCCCUUCUUCCAGGAGGCCACUGCUAAGGCACAAGAUGCUUGGCGCAAUGUGAUUGCUCAAGCUGUGCUUAUGGGUAUCCCUACCCCUGCUCUCUCCACAGCCUUGAACUUUUAUGAUGGUCUUCGUCAUGAAAAGCUCCCCGCCAACUUGCUUCAAGCUCAACGUGAUUACUUUGGUGCUCACACCUAUGAACUUCUUGAUGCCCCCGGCAAGUGGAUCCACACCAACUGGACCGGCCGUGGUGGUAACGUCUCUGCUUCCACCUACGACGCUUAA